CCGGGCCUGGCGGUAACCUUGGGGGUCUCGCCGUGGCCUCCGACGCUGCUGCAGGUCUGGGCUUUGCCAGUCUGAGACUCACUCGGGCUAGGCUCGUUAGCUUUCAGAAGCCGUCGGGAUUGCGGAAGAGGACGCCUAGGGCCUCGGGGGGCAGGCACCCGGGCGCCGGGCCGUGCCGCCGACAUGUCUCUAGUGGCGGAAGCCUUCGUCUCCCAGAUGGCAGCUGCAGAACCUUGGCCUGAAAAUGCUACAUUAUAUCAGCAACUGAAAGGGGAGCAAAUUUUGCUUUCUGACAAUGCAGCUUCUCUUGCUGUGCAGGCCUUUUUGCAAAUGUGUAAUCUGCCUGUCAAAGUGGUUUGUAGGGCAAAUGCGGAAUAUAUGUCUCCAUCUGGUAAAGUACCUUUUAUUCAUGUGGGAAAUCAAGUAGUAUCAGAACUUGGUCCAAUAGUCCAGUUCGUUAAAGCUAAGGGCCAUUCUCUUAGUGAUGGGCUGGAUGAAGUCCAAAAAGCAGAAAUGAAAGCUUACAUGGAAUUAGUCAACAAUAUGCUAUUGACUGCAGAGUUGUAUCUUCAGUGGUGUGAUGAAGCUACAGUAGGGGAGAUCACUCUUGCUAGGUAUGGAUCUCCUUACCCUUGGCCUCUGAAUCAUAUUUUGGCCUAUCAGAAACAGUGGGAAGUCAAACGUAAGAUGAAAGCUAUCGGAUGGGGUAACAAAACUCUGGACCAGGUCUUAGAAGAUGUAGACCAGUGCUGUCAAGCUCUUUCUCAAAGACUGGGAACACAACCAUACUUCUUCAGUAAACAGCCUACUGAACUUGAUGCACUGGUAUUUGGCCAUCUGUAUACCAUUCUUACCACACAGUUGACCAAUGAUGAACUUUCUGAGAAAGUGAAAAACUAUAGCAACCUUCUUGCUUUCUGUAGAAGAAUUGAACAGCACUAUUUUGAAGAUCGUGGUAAAAGCAGAUUGUCUUAGAGUUAUGUGUUAAUUUAGUUACUAUUUUUUUAAAAGUCUAACUUUUGAAAUGUGUUACUUGAAUGUUAUUAUAGGUAAUGAUAUCCAGAAUUUUAAAACCAAAAACACUGCUUUUCAAAACCAAAACAAAUUAUAUAAUGU